AUGUCAAAUAGAGAUUUUGUUAAAUUGACCUCAGAACCUCUUAUACUUCAAGAUAUUGUAGAUUUGGUAAAAGAUGAUGGGGCUGGAGCAAUAUCAACAUUUAAUGGUACAACUCGUAACAUUUUCGAAGAGAAAUCGGUUAUUCGAUUAGAAUACGAAGCAUAUGUUCCAAUGGCAGAAAAAGUUUUAUUGGAUAUUAUAUCUGAAGCAAGAACAAAAUGGGACCUCACUAAAACUGCAAUAUUUCAUCGUACAGGUAUUGUUCCUGUGGGAGAAACGAGUGUAAUAGUAGCAGUAUCAAGUGUUCAUCGUAAAGAAUCUAUUCAUGCUGUAGAAUUUUUAAUUAAUCAUUUAAAAGAGAAAGCUCCAAUAUGGAAGAAAGAAGUUUAUAGUGACGGAAGUGUUUGGAAGGAAAAUGCUGAAAAUAGACGAAAAUGUUAA